UCUGUGUUUAUGCAUCAACAGAGAGCGCGUGGGGGUUAAAGAAACAAAUCUGUCUUCGUGUUAACGACUCUAAACUUCCUGCUCGCGCGCUGUCCGAAUGUCUGUCGGGUUAUUCCCCGGCACGCGACUCCACACAGUCCAAUUCAAGCGCGCGAGGACACUCUCCCGGCUCUCUUUCUCUCGCGCCUGCUCGCGCGCAGGGCAGUGAGAAGCGCAAUGAUUUAGCGGCUUUUAAUUCAUUUUUCUCACAUUUAGCAUCGCAGCUGUGUUAUUCUACAUGUCGUUUUUGAUCCAUUUUUAUGUUUUACUCACUGGAUUCAGCGGCUUUUUGCACUUUUGACGAGCCUUCUUUUUAACCAACUGCAUGUUUUAAAUGUCUCGGGUUUUUUUUUAUUUUACGCACUGUGUAAGUUUGCACGGUUCCCUGCCGAAAUCCGAGAUAUUUGGAGCGAACUGCUUGACUAACCCGGGCCGUGCUAGUGUUAGUGUCCCGGGUUAAAACCGCAGGAUGUUGACCAUAGUUCUCCUGUCUUGCUUCUGUUUGUGGACACGGGGCCAGUGCUUGGACCACGACAGCUGGGCGGACCAGGCCACGUUGUCCCGUGGACUCUGUCGCUAUGGAAACAGCGUGGAGUGCUGCUGGGGCUGGAAACAGUUGGACUGGGGGCGAUGUGAACCUCACUGCCAGCAGGGCUGUAAACACGGAGAGUGUGUGAAACCAGACCAGUGCAAAUGUCACCCAGGAUACACGGGAAAGGCGUGUAACCAAGAUCUGAACGAGUGUGGCGUGAAGCCUCGGCCCUGCAAACACCGCUGCAUGAACACGCCAGGCAGCUACAAGUGUUACUGCGUGGACGGGUACGUGCUGCAGCCGGACGGCAGCUGCAGGAAUGCUCAAACCUGUUACCAUGCCAACUGUCAGUAUGGCUGUGAGGUGAUCAAAGGGGCAGUGCGAUGCACCUGUCCAUCGCCAGGGUUACGCCUGGGUCCAGACAGACGCACCUGCAUCGACAUCGACGAGUGUUUCUUGGGUGGAGGCGUGUGUCCUCGUCGCAGAAAGUGCGUGAACACUUUCGGGAGCUUCAUCUGUAAAUGUCACCUGGGCUUCAGACUCGUGUACAUCAACGGGCGGUACACCUGCAUCGAUAAGGACACUCGUCCGUUCUGCUCUCUGAAUCCAUCGUCUCCAAAGUGCAAGUGUAAAGACGGCAGCUGCAAAGCCAUCCCCAAAGUGACGGUAGAACCGCAGAGACCAAGAACUACAACUCCCAUGACCUCCACCAUCAUCACUACCGCUACAUCUCCUCCAACCACCACAACUGCCCCCAUCCCAACAACCUCCCUGUCCUCAUCCACUGAUGUUAUGACCACCACUCCAACACCUAUAACUGAUACCACUGCUACACCAGUUACUGCCACUACUGUGACAACAACAACACUUGCUGCUACUACUACAACUGAAAUGGAUACGACAACUCCCACAACGCCUCCUCCGUCCACCACUUCUGCUAUUACUACUCCUAGUACAACAACAAAUGUUACUACCAUCACUGCAAGUUCAACUACACCCACCACGCUGCUAACUACAACCCAGACGACACCUUCUUCUCCUCCUCCUCCAACAACAACAACACCAGCAAUCACUACAGUGCUGCCGAGUACCUCGCUGCAAACCACCACGGUGAACAACAAGAUCAACAAAGACGUGACACAAAAGCAGCGAGGAGACGUGCACAGUAAGGACACACAAACACAGCACACAUCCACGGACCUGCCGAGUAUGAGCUCGCCCAAUCACACUGUUUAUUAA